AUAUACUUUUCUUGUAUAGUAAGCAAAUUAUGAAUAGUACCAUAUUCCUUCUUUCCUCAUUUUCCAUCUCUCUCUCUAUCUAUCUAUCUACAACAUCCUCAAUUCAUGGCUUCAAAAAUUCAUAACCAUUCCAACUUCACAAAAACCAUUUAACUUCAAUUCAAUGGACACAAUAAACCCCCAAAACGACGACGUUUUCUUCGACGCUUUAGACCAAUGCCCUUUCCACCAUUGCUCCGCCACCACCACCGACCAUACCAUGCCAGAAUCUCCCCCCUCCUCUUCCGGUCACUCCGACCCAGAACCAUCACCCUCUUCACCUUCCUCCACCACACUCCGCCGCCGUUCAAUUCGCCUCCGAUCACCCGAAAACGAAUUACCCGACACCGUUUCUGCAACGACAAAGAGUCAAAACCCUUCAAUUGCGAAGGAAAACGAGAAUUUUACCGAAAAAGGGGAAUUUUUUUCUUCUUCUCAAUCUCCGAUUGGUGUUACGGAAGAAGAGAGAAAUGAAGAAUCGACGUUAACUACGGCUACGCACGAUGAACCACUCGGUGAUUCAGCUGAAUCAACGGGUGAAUUAAGAGAUUUACCUUCAAAUUCGCUCGAUUUUGUAACGGGAUUGGUGAUUAGGGCAAUCAUGUUUCAAAUUAGGAUUUUCUUUAUGUUAAUGAAGUCUCCAAUUUUAUUCAUAUUUCAUACUUGCAUGUUUUUUGUAGACCCUUUUGGAACAAUGGGAAAAUGGAAAAUUUUAGUUAUUUGGAUUUUGGGUAAGGUUUGGAGUUUUGUUUUAGGGUUCAUUGGUCCUUCAGUUUUGGGAUGGUUCAAUGAAAAUAAGUCAUUUUGGAAUGUUGCAUUUCGAUGUGGAUGGGGGAUUUUGUGGUCAAUUUAUGUUUGUUGCAUUUUGUUUGCACUUUUUGUUUCAUCACUUGUGUUUAGUGGGUUUUUGGUGAAGGGUUUGGUUGAAAAGCCCUUUCAGACGAAGCAAGUGUUGAAUUUUGAUUACACUAAGCAGAGUCCUGUUGCGUUUGUUCCUAUAAUACACUGUUCUGGUGUUGGUGGUGAACAUCGUUCUGAUGAGAAUGGCGGCAUUGAUGUUGAUAGGUGGGCGAAUAAAAGGGUUAUCCCUUCUAAGCAAAAAGUGCAGCUCACUGUUUCAUUACUAGUUCCGGAGUCAGGAUACAACACUAAACUUGGUGUCUUUCAGAUCAGGGUAGACUACUUAUCUUCUAAUGGUAAAACAAUUGCAAGUUCGAGACAACCUUGCAUGUUAAGAUACAGAAGUGAGCCUAUCCGUCUAAUCACGACUUUCCUCAAGAUUGUUCCUCUUCUUACUGGUUAUACAUCAGAGACCCAGACUCUGGAUGCCAAGAUGGGUGAUUUUGUUGAAGGGGAUGUUCCUACUUCAUGCUUAAAAGUAACCCUUGAGCAGCGAGCAGAAUAUCUACCUGGUGCUGGAAUUCCUCAAAUAUACGAUUCAUCUAUAUUUGUUGAAUCAGAACUUCCGUUAAUCAAGAGGAUUUUAUGGUAUUGGAAGUUGAGCUUAUUUAUAUGGAUUGCAAUGAUGGCAUUUGUGAUGGAGCUUCUCUUUGUUCUACUGUGUUGUUGGCCUAUGAUUAUUCCAAGAACCAGAAAAAGGAGCAGUUCUUCUGCUAGCCGUACUAGUUCCCAAAACAAUCUUCAGGCACCAAGUUGAAACUAGUUCUUUUCUUAGUUCUUCUGACAUUUAGAUACAUUAUACACGUUUUGUUUAGUGAGGGAUCCUAACUUAAAAUUCUUUCAUUCUUAAUAUUUUUUUUUAAAUUCCUUCCCAGUCACAUUGUACAUAUUCAGUUUCACACUGUAUAAUAUAAUUAGAUGUAAACCUAUGUAAUGCACCGGUGUAUGUGUGAUUUAUUUGUGUUUUGGUAUUCAAUGAUGUUGAUGCCAAGAAAGAGAAUGAUGAAUUGGUUCGACAGUUUUCUCUGUACAUGGAAAUUUGAAAUAAAAUGCAAAAUAUUUCUCUAAA